CAACCGCAUGGUCAUUGCACCAUCGCCAUUUUUAUCUGUCCCCGCCAUAGACGACAUUUUGGCGCCAAUUUGUGACGUUUAACUUUUUAAAAUGACAGCCACUGGACAAAAGAAAUGCAAAAAUGCCAUGUGAUACUAGAAUUAAUGAAAAACUUAGUACAAUUUUAAUUUAUUAGUAUAAAUUAAUAGUUUUUACGAAAUGUCAGUUAUAGUGUACGUGAUGUUAUGUACAAUUGUUUUUCCUGUUUUGUGUGGAGACAUCGAUCCAAGGAUGGAGCAGGGAUACCCCAGGGGCCUUAUGUCAGUAUGUCCAGGGUCCACAAAGCCAGCUACCAUCCCGAAGAGCCAGCUCCGUUACCUCAAGUUUGUGGUGCAGGGCAAGGGUCAGACGAGGCAGAAGUACACCUACUGGACUGCCAAGCUCAUAGCUGAUGAUCCAAGGAUAGACUUCCAGAGGAAGACCAUGCUCCUGGCGCUUGGCUACCUGGACAGCACCAGCUUCCCGAUCUCCGCCAUGCUGGCCAACGAGUACGAGGCCAGAGGGUACAAUGUCAUCAUCGUAGACAACCAGAGAUUCGCCACAGUUCACUAUUAUUUAGCGAGUCGUCUAAUGCGUCCUGUAGGCAAACAUGUAGCCGAAGUCUUAGCUCAACUGACGUCUUUCGGCCUGGACCCCUCAAACUUAGAGCUCCUAGGUUUCAGCCUAGGAGGCCAGACAAUCAGCUACAUCGCGAAAAACUUUCGAACCAUAACAGGCCGAAAUAUAUCCAAGAUAACCGCUUUAGAGCCUUCUGGACCUUGCUUCAGGUUCUUAAACUCUGAUGACAGGCUGGAUGCCUCAGACGCAGACUUCGUGCAGGUCAUCCACACCAAUAUUGAUGGGUAUGGAAUGGCGAUCAAGAUGGGGCAUGUGGAUUUCUACGUGAAUGGGGGAGAAUACCAGCCUUCAGAACUGCAGUUAUACCCUUGCGUUUCUACGUGCAGUCAUUUCAGGGUGCUUCCCCUUUGGGUGUCAGCGUUAAAGAAUCCAAAGCAUUUUAUAGCUGUCAAAUGUGACAGCAUACAGCAGGCAAGAGACGCGAAAUGCUAUGACCGAAGACCUUUUGAAACAAACGUCAUGGGUUUGAGGGUGAACACCAGUAACCAUGGGAUUUUCUACCUAUCAACUAGCAAGGGGUAUCCGUUUUACUUGGGACGUGACGGGCUAAAUCCAGAGUUCGCUUCGUGGAAGACGAUAACUGAUGUAAAUGAUGGCGAUGAUACAGAAAUUUAUACGUAGUUAUUAAAUUUUAGAAGAACGA